UGCGCCAAGCAACAAGAAGCGACCGAGCGGCCGCUUAGUGUCGCUUUCAUAACGUUCCUUUGUCGUUUAUGUCAUUGAUUGUCAUUGAAAAAAAAAAUUAUAAUAUUGUGUUAAAAUAUUGAAAUCAACUUUAAUUACGUGCCGAAGAAAUAUAUCACGGAUAUUAAGAGAUAUAUUCAAUCAUUCUACCUUUUUGAAAGCUAACCAUAAAAUCAAGAUGGGUGACAAGAAAGCUGAUAUUGCCUUGAUUGGCUUAGCUGUUAUGGGACAAAAUUUAAUUUUAAAUAUGGAUUCUAAAGGUUUUAUUGUGUGUGCUUACAACAGGACAGUCGAUAAGGUGACUAAAUUUUUAAACAAUGAAGCAAAAGGCACUAAUGUAAUUGGUGCGACAAGCCUUCAGGAUAUGGUAUCAAAAUUAAAACUCCCAAGAAAAGUCAUGCUUCUUGUUAAAGCUGGUCCUGCUGUAGAUGAUUUUAUUGAGCAGCUCUUGCCAUUAUUGUCACCUGGAGAUAUUAUUAUUGAUGGAGGAAAUUCUGAAUAUUUAGACACAAGUCGUAGAUGUCAAUAUGUGAAAGAGAAGGGGUUGCUAUUUGUUGGAUCUGGUGUGAGUGGUGGUGAAGAAGGUGCGCGAUAUGGACCAUCUUUAAUGCCUGGAGGACAUAAGGAUGCUUGGCCUCAUAUUAAACCAAUUUUUCAAUCAAUUUGUGCUAAAUCAAAUGGGGCACCUUGUUGUGAUUGGGUUGGAGAUGAUGGAGCUGGUCACUUUGUCAAAAUGGUUCACAAUGGUAUUGAAUAUGGAGACAUGCAACUCAUUUGUGAAGCAUAUCAUGUCAUGGUUAAAGUUUUAGGAAUGACACCGCCCGAAAUAGCUAAUGUAUUCGAUGAGUGGAAUAAAGGAGAACUGAAUUCAUUUUUGAUUGAAAUCACUAGAGAUAUACUCAAUUAUAAAGACAAAGAUGGUUAUUUGUUGGAACGCAUUCGUGACACUGCUGGACAGAAAGGUACAGGAAAAUGGACUGCAAUAUCGGCAUUGCAUUAUGGAGUACCUGUCACUCUAAUUGGGGAAGCUGUGUUUUCAAGAUGUCUCUCAGCAUUAAAAGAGGAAAGAGUAAAAGCAAGUCAAGUAUUGGAGGGACCGAAACAAGAAGUUGUAUCUAAAGACAAACGACCUAUAUUCUUGAACAAGUUAAAAAAUGCUUUAUAUGCUUCAAAAAUAAUAUCCUAUGCCCAAGGAUUUAUGCUGAUGCGUGAAGCAGCAAGAGAAAAUAAAUGGACUUUAAAUUAUGGAGGCAUAGCAUUGAUGUGGAGAGGCGGUUGCAUUAUUAGAAGUGUAUUUUUGGGAAAUAUUAAAGAAGCUUUUGAUAGAGAUCCAACUCUUAGCAACUUAUUGAUGGACAAUUUCUUUAAAAAUGAAAUUAAUAAAUCACAACAGCUAUGGCGUGAAGUUGUAAGUUCUGCUUUACUGUGGGGUAUACCAGUACCAGCAAUGUCUGCAGCGUUAGCAUUUUAUGAUGGUUAUAGAGCAAAUAAAUUGCCAGCAAACCUAUUGCAGGCUCAGAGAGAUUAUUUUGGGGCUCACACUUAUGAACUACUGGGAGCUGAGGGAAAAUUUGUUCAUACUAAUUGGACUGGACAAGGUGGAAAUGUUUCAGCUAGUACUUAUCAAGUUUAAUUCAAUCAUAGAUCAUUUAUUCAUUUG